AUGUCAGUUUUGGAGCUGAUAGCUCGUAAAAACGCUCUCGAGUAUCAAUCCCCUUAUGGGUACACACCGUCUCUCGCACCUGGAGUGGCGUACCUGGUGGUUUUCUCCCUCCUGGCUUUGAUACACCUGGUACUCGGCAUCAAGUACAAGUAUUGGAUCAUAGCGGUGACCUUGCUCCCCGGCGGCAUACGUGAGUACCAGUACAGUUGGAUCGAGAUUGUCGGAUGGGCGGGGCGACUAUGGUCCCAUUACAGCGUGUUAAACUCGAACCCGUUCAUCAUGCAAAUAUGCACGCUCAUUCUAGGACCAGCCUUCUUCUCUGCUUGGGCUUAUGCGACUCUGGGCUACUGUAUCCAGCGACUCGGACCAAGAUUCUCCUUACUCAAGCCGACGAUGUAUCUGGCCGUGUUUGUGACUGCGGACGUGGUUUCAUUGAUACUUCAAGCUAUCGGAGGUGGCAAAGCGGCCGUGCAGGCUGAAGCCGGAACUGACACGACCCAGGCGACCCACAUCAUGCUGGCUGGAAUCCUCUUUCAAUUGGGAACGAUGACUAUUUUCGUCGCCUUGGCCUCUGAUUUCAUCAUCCGGGUAGCUGCCAAUCGACCUUAUAAGCAGCGUACACCACGGGCUACCAAGCCCGAGGAAGACGCCAAUUCGGACAACGUAGCCGAUUCCGUCACUCUGCGGGUAGAUCCGGAGCACGGCGUUCAAAGCAGGGAAAAAUCAACCUCUUCCUCUCGUAAAGAUUUGCAACGAGUCAAGGUUCUUCUUGGCGGAGUCGCAUUCGCCUCUCUGAUGAUCUACAUUCGUGGCGUUUAUCGUUCGAUAGAGCUCGCACAAGGCUGGACAGGGUAUGUGAUCACCCACGAAGCUUUCUUCACCUGGUUGGACGGAUUUCCAAUGGUGCUGUGCUACGCUGCAUUUGCCAUUGCUCAUCCAGGGUGGCUUUUGCCCAGAAGAUCGGGCUGGAGAAAUGCAUAG